AUGAAGCGGUCUCAUUAUGGCGAGAAGCCUCCACAUCUCUUUACUUCUCAUAUUAAAAUUAUUCAUGCUCCAAACUCAAAAACUGUUUAUGCAAUUUGUAAAUGGUGUGAACAAAAACAUGGUGAAACAUAUGCAAUAGAAAAUACACAAUGUGUUAAUAAAAAAGACAGACUUCGACUACAUUUUCAAAACUGUUUAAAUUUUAAAGCAGCUGUCAACAUAGUUCAACAACCAAUGCAACCAUAUCUUGCACAAGAAUAUAGUUUAGUUGAUAUAUCUCAUUUUGAGAAAUUGGUUUUAAAUGCGACAAUUGAAAAUGGAUGGUCAUUUAAUUGGGUUGAAAAAGAAUCAUCAAUCGCAAUGCUUAAAUUUAAAAAUCCAAAUCUUGCAACUCAUGAUAUUGUUGGAGUGUCAUUAGCAUUCGAUGGGUGGAAAAAUAUUUUAAAACAAAAUAUUCUUGGAACUGUACUUAUUACAUCUUCUGGUGAAGUUUUAAUUUGGAGUGUUCAAAAUAUUAGUGCUGAACUAGAUCGAACAACCAAUAUAAUUUCUAAAAUUGAAGUAUUUCUUGAGGAUUUAAAAACUCAACAAAUUAAAUCUUUAGUUGCAAAAUAUACAUCACCUGAAGAUAAUAGUUUAGCUUUGCCAAACUAUAUUUGCGAAACAAUUAGUGAUAAUAAUUGGUGGAACAUAAUAUCUGAAUUACAUACUUUACUUGCACCUAUAUGUCUUUGCUUAAAUCAGCUUCAAACUAAUACAGCUUGUCUUUAUGAAGUAUUACAAUCUUUUAGCUAUCUUUAUAAGCUAAUGGAUGAGCAUUCUGAUAUAACUUUUGGUGCAAAAAUGACAGAACAUUUAGAGCAAUGUUGGAGAGAAUGGGAGCAACCCCUUUUGAUUCUUAGUUAUUUACUUCAUCCUAAUAUUCGUCUUUCACAAUUUAAUUUACCAAUUAAUGGUAUUACAUUUGCUGAAAUGGGAAUAUGGAUUUCAUAUUACUAUUGUGCUUGGUUUGGAAAUCCACCUAAAAAAAUUAUGGCUGAGUUACAAGACUAUUGUGAUGAGAUAUUUCCUUUUACAAUGAAUAAUUGGAAUCAAUUUAAAGGAGAUCUAUUAAAAUAUUGGAAAUCUU